AUGGCUGCCAUAAGAGAAGCCCCUCGCAUUCGAGCCUGUCUGUUCGACAUGGACGGUCUUUUGAUUGACUCAGAGGACCGAUACACGCAGAUCACGAACGAGGUGCUCCAGAGAUAUGGCAAGCCCAACCUGCCUUGGUCGGUCAAGGCACAGUUGCAGGGACGACCGGGUCCGGAAGCAAGCAAGAUCUUCCACGAAUGGGCUCAACUCCCCAUUACGCCGGAACAGACGGUGCAUAUGCAAGCAGGCUUACAGGAGAAAUAUUUCCCUCUGUGUCAGCCCUUACCAGGGGUUCCCGAUCUCCUGUCCACCCUGGUGUCCACGCAGUCCACCGACCAGCCGGUCUACAUUGCUCUGGCCACCUCGUCCAAUGCCCGGAACUUCAAGCUCAAGUCAGAUCAUCUGUCUGACCUCUUCUCUGCGUUCCCCCAAAGGCACCGUGUACUUGGAGAUGAUCCUCGCAUCGGUAAAGGUCGAGGCAAACCAUUGCCUGAUAUCUACCUGCUGGCACUGGAGACCAUCAACGCCGAGCUGCGUAGCAAAGGCGAAACCGAGAUCACCCCAGCCGAAUGUCUUGUCUUUGAGGACGCAGUUCCCGGCGUCGAGGCUGGUCGCCGUGCCGGCAUGCAAGUUAUUUGGUGUCCGCACCCGGGUCUCCUGGAGGCUUAUCGGGGCCGCGAAGAAGAGGUCCUCGCUGGUCGCACUGGACAGCACAAGGAGGACGCAACCGCCAACCUUGAAACGGGGGCCGACAAUCUGCAGACGGGAGGUGUCCCUAGCGCGGGCGUCCCUGGAGAGAUUGGUGAUGGCUGGGCUGAGCUUGUCGCCACCUUGGAAAACUUCCCCUACGAGAAAUAUGGCAUUCGCAUUCCCUAA